AUGUUUGUCUUAAUCCCCAUCACACCCAGUUGCUUUGUCAACUGUAACGACCGGAUCAACCCGUCCGAGAGGCUUGUUCUAGUGACGUCCUGUGAAAACUGCCCACCAGACACCGCCUACCUGUGGUCAUUAACAAACUCUCCUGCCUCUUUCGGGCGAGCUGACUUGGACUGGGCUGCGGAUACCGCCACCGGGAAAACCUCGCAAGAUCUUGCGGUCAAAGCCAACGUCUUAACGGUACCGGGGGAGUACACACUGAGGCUGGAUGUCAGGUCGAGUUCUGGGUCCGAAGGUUUGGGCGGAGCUGGCUUUACAGAGGCACAGGUGAACGUGAAUGAACCGCCUACUCCCGGAACAUGUUCCGUCACUCCUGCCUCUGGUACAACCACCAGUACCAUGUUCUCAGUGUCCUGCAGAGGAUUUCAAGACUCAGACAGGCCACUGAUAUACGCUCUUCACUACAACGAUGGGCAGACUGCAGCGUUCAGUGUACUCUUCAGUGGACCACAAAGCCAGCUACCUCCUACGCUUUUGCCUGUUGGACAAGAGUCACGUGAUUUCAACGUCACUCUUCGAGUUCAUGUGUCAGACGCAUUUGGAGCUGUAGCGUACUCCAAUAACAUGACAGUGCAGGUGCAGCUACCCAGUGCAGAGGAGACUGUUGCAGCUCUGGGGAAUCUCACCACCGAUCUUGACAACCUUCUGGUCACUGGAAACUCACAGGGAGUUCUACAGCUGGCCAGUAGUAUCGGCUCCGUGUUGAACACACCGUCUCAGGACGCAACAAAUGAGAGUAUAACUGCAGCACAAGAGGCGAGAAGCAAGCUGGUGACUGCGCUGGAAAGCGUGGAGGUGCAGACUGUAGACAACAUUAACGUCCUGGCCAGCGCGCUUGGUCAGGUCACUGCUGCUGAUGACCAAGUCACGCCUGAUGCUCAGGUUUCCUCAUCUUCUAUCGCACUGAAGAUGUCCCAGGUUCUCAGCAGUCAGUCCGUACAGGACCUGGGUGCAGAAGGUCUGGAAGCCUCAGCUGGAAAUGUGUUGAGUGUCGUUGUAAACACUCUCCAAGCUUCGUCCACAUCUGCCACUGCUCAGAGACGCUCCGGAGCAUCAGAAGAGGGGCAAACGCAGCUUGCAAAAAACCAACAGGCAACCACAACAAUGUUCGGGGCAAUGGGGAAUGUGAACGGCGCCAUCUUGGAUCGAAAGACCCCGGAUGAGAGCAAGACAACGUUUGAGUUUGGAACAUUUGGAAUCGCCGUUGAUAAAGAGCGAUGUAGCGUGACGUCAUCAGCCCCAAAGGUCAUCAGAACCAGUGAAACAUCGCAAAACUUCUUCGUCGUCCCUGGCACUAGCACGCUGUUGGGUGGAAGUUGCAGGGGAGAAAGUUCCGUUGGAACCGAGAACUUCCAGUCCAAGAAAAACCCUUACGCCUACUCCGGUAGCUCGGACACGGUGGAGUCGUCUGUGAACGGGCUGCAGGUCCGGGGGAAGGGAGGUCCUCUGGCGGUCAGCAGGCUUACCGAGCCCGUGCAGAUCGUGACAGAGCGCACGGAAGGACUGCCGACUGCCACGGAGCAGGGAUCUACCGUUCCGUCCUGGCAGCAAGCCAUGUCGAUGCACUCCUUUAACGUGUCAGAAGAGGGCAGCUCGAUCCACAUCACAGUGUUGUCGGUGGAGCAGAACGUCUCCCUCCGCCUGUACCUCAGGCGGAACAACCGCCCCACUCGCACCGACUUCGACCUCAACACCACCCUGCCUCGGCCAGAUGAUGAAACCUUUAAGAUCCAGCUCUGGAACAACCAAAGCAUGGACCAAAGUGUUUUCAACUGGUUCAUUUCUGCUGAUGAAAUCGUGACUGUUGGUGGAGUCGGAGAAUAUACAUUGGGUGUGGACCAUGUCCCCUAUGCUGAAGCCGGGAGCGUAGAUCAGGGACUUGAAACGGAAUACAGUCACGUCAACUUCACAACCAACUACACCAUGCAGAUCUUCACAACGACCUGUCUUUUCUUUAAUGAAGACACACAGGCAUGGCUUUCCGACGGCUGUAAGGCCGGCCCGCUCACGAGUGACCGGUUCUCCCACUGCUUCUGUGACCAUCUGACGUCGUUUGGAUCGGGAUUCACCUUCUUCGUUGCCCCGAAUUCUCUUAACAUCCUUCAGGCUCUGCAGGGGUUCCUAAACAUCGGUGAAAACCCAGCUGUAGUCAUUUGUGUCAGCGUUAUUUUUGGUCUGUAUCUCUUGUUGGUGAUCUGGGGAAGGCACAAGGACAAAGAAGAUGCCAAGAAGGUGGGAGCCACACUGUUAAGGGCUUCUAAACGAGGACACGGCCACUUCUACAGGAUCAUGGUCUUUACUGGACCCCGGACGAACGCUGGCACAACAGCAAGGGUGUACAUGAAACUGUUUGGAGAGUCCGGUGAAGCGGGUCCUGUUGUGUUGGAGGAUGUGGAUCGCGUCACGUUCAGACAGGGCGCAGUGGACACGUUUGUGCUGUCCUCGGACCGCCGGCUGGGCGAGCUGAACGCCGUGCACGUCUGGCAUGACAACACGGGAGGAGACCCAUCCUGGUACUUAAACAAGAUAGUCGUGAUAGACUGUGACAAGGAUGACAAAUACACGUUUAUCUGUGACAAAUGGCUUGCAGUAGAGGAAGGGGAUGGAAAAGUUGACCGGUUGUUGGCCAUCGCGACAGAAAAGGAGCUGUCCAGCAUUGGCAACGUCUUCUCUUCCAAAACAAGCAAGGAUUUCCGAGACGGCCAUCUGUGGUUCUCGGUGAUGGGCCGGCCAGCCUACAGCAGGUUCACGCGUGUCCAGCGCCUGUCCUGCUGCCUGUCCCUGCUGCUCUGUACCAUGCUCACCAACAUCAUGUUCUUCGGCCGAGGGGAGACUUUCCCCAAACCGCCGCCUGUCGACAUCCUCGGUUUUGAGGUCCAGUUCCCCUUGUCCUGGGGCGAGAUUAUGAUAGCAGUCCAGAGUGCCCUGAUAGUGUUUCCAGUCAACCUAGCAAUCGUGCAAAUAUUCCGCCACUGUGGACAAAGGCCGAAGAAGGAGAAAAAGAACGAAAGUAGGAAGAAAGAAAACAAGACAAAGACCAGCAACAACACAGACUCGUCUUCACUACCAUCACACUCAACAACAUCAACGGCAUCAAUUGAAUUCGAUAACACGCUAGACGAUGGCGAUAUUGAAGUGACGGUGCAUAGUUUCUCGUCGACGAGGGACGAAUCUGGCCAGCCGGCCGCCGUGAACACUGACGACUCCGACUGGCUGUUCCAUAAAGUUCCCUACCAGAACUCCACCGGGAACGACAUCGAGAUGGUGGAAGCCACGUGGAUUCGCAAAAAGAACAAGGAUGUGUCGGAAGUUAGAGGGGAGAAGAAGAAGAAGGGGACAACAUUGCUUCCUUGGUGGUGCGUGUUCUUCGCGUACUUCCUGGUGUUUGUGUCGUGUUUCCUGUCGGCGUUCUUCACGAUGUUGUACGGGUUCGAGUACGGGCGGGAGAAGGCCGAGGCCUGGCUCCUCACCUUCCUCACAUCCUUCUUCAUCGACCUGCUCAUCACGCAGCCCUUCAAGAUCGUUCUACUGGCCGUCUUCUUCGCACUCAUUCUCAGGAAAGUAGAUAGCGAGGAUGAGGAGGUACCGGCUGGACAACUUGAAGAGGAUGAGAUAUAUAUGGCUGCGGAUAUGGAAAACUGGAGCAUGCCGACCACAACAGAAGCAAAUCCGCCGACCCCUGAGGAUCUAGCGGAGUCCCGCGCACAGCGGUUCCGGGAGUUGACGCUAAGAGCCGCGUUCAAAGAACUGCUCUUCUACCUGCUGUUCAUCACCGUACUGGUUAUUGUCGCCAACGGACCACGGGACUCCAUGAUGUAUCAUCAGACCAAGCACCUCCGCGACACAUUUUUUAUUGGAGGCGGGAACCAUUCCCUGCAAAAGGCAACAACUUUUGAAAAAUUUUGGAACUUUGUCGAGCUUGCGCUAGUUCCUGAAAUAAGCUCCAAGACGUGGUACAACGGCAUGGCUCUGCAGACAGACGGUUACCUGAGGGACUACCAGUCAUUCAUUGCUGGAACUGUGCGAUUCCGCCAGCUUAGGGUCAAACAAGAUGAGCAAUGCAAGAUCCCAACACCGUUCCUAGGGAUCAUCGAUAACUGCGAUGAGGAUUACGGCUACUUUGCGAACGACGACAGACAUUACACCGAGGGUUGGGCAGGACCAGCAAAUAUAACAGAGGAUCCGAUAAUCUAUGAAAACUACACAGAAGAAGAACAGCCUUGGCUUUAUCACUCACCAACGCUGUAUGAUAUUCCUACAAGCGGAAGAUAUGCAACGUACUAUGGCGGAGGCUACAUCGUGGAGCUGACCAACACCACGACUGCAGCCUUACUGUCUACCGUAGACUGGUUAGAAUCUAGCGGUUGGAUAGAUCAACACACCCGGGCUGUCUUUGUACAGUUCACGAUCUUCAACCCAAACACGAACCUGUUUUCUAUCAUGGAGCUGAUGACAGAGUUCCCAACGCUGGGCAGUUCUUACUCAAAAGUAGAAGCCACAACUGUACGCCUCUUCCGCUUCCAAACCGUCUGGUCCAAGGUCGUGGCAGCAUUUCAAGGAGUCUUCGUCCUGUUUACACUUUACUUCGUCUUCAGAGAGCUUUCCAGGAUCAUGUUGAUGGGUUUUGAGUACUUCAAGAUGUUCUGGAACUGUUUGGAGCUGUGCUUAGCGCUCCUGUCUCUGGCGGAGAUCGGGAUCCUCCUGUACACGCUGUAUCUUAUCCUGGGGUUCAACACACCGCAAAGGAAUACAGAAGCUACUCGAAACAGUUACGAGAAGUAUCGCCAGGCGGCGCUGUGGGACCAGAUCAACACGUACGUGCUAGGCUGGCUGGUCUGUGUGGCGACUCUGAAGCUGCUGCAUCUGUUUCGGUUCAACAAGCACAUCGUUCGGGGUGCAGAUACCAUGAAAAAGGCUUCGGGUCCGCUGUCUGGGUUCGGCAUCAUGUUUGGCAUCAUGUUUUGCUCCUUCACAAUGCUGUUCUACCUCGUCGUCGGCACCAAGUUGGAAGGCUUCGCGACCUUUCCCAGUGCUCUACAGACCAUCUUGGUGAUCAUACAGAGCGCGUCUAGCUACUAUGUGAUAGCAGAAGCGAGCAGUGUGCUGGGCCCUCUGGCCUACUUCGCGCUGCUCGGCCUGUUCCAGUGGGUCAUGCUCCUCAUGUUCGUCGCCAUCUUGGACGAGGCUUACCACGAAGCCAUGGCCGAGCAAAAAGGCGGGAAGACGGAAAACGAGAAAGUCGCUGACAUGAUGAUCCAGCGGGUUAAAACAGCCGCCCUUACGGUAGUAUCGUGUGGAAGGAGGGAAAACAGGAUGAAAACAUACGAAGUUCGCCGUAGACCGACAGAACAAGAGUUGCUUGACAUAUUUAAUGGACCCGAGUUGAUCAGGAUGGUGGAAGAAAAAGGCAGCAGCACUCAGACCUUCGAAUUCGUGCUAAAGGACAACCCCCCUCUGGGAGAAACUAACGAUUACGACUUUCUGGAUGCUGGAGACAGUGCAAGAAACCAAACCAGCUCUCAGAUGCCUGGCUACAACCUUGAGCUGUUGUCUGAGGAGGAAAUAGCUGAUGUAUUUGCGGGGUUCAGGAGUCCUGAGGCUGCAGCAGUCUGAGGACCCACAUGGCGCUCCUGUCGUGGAGUUUUUGUUCUGAAUUUCCUCAAAGUAUGAUGUUCAAGAUGAGCAUCAUUUUCUGAUAACGCCAUACCGACUUAAUUCUCUGGAUGGCAUCCUCGGAAGACCCCCAAACUAAUGCGCGCGGGCAAAAAUUAAAAAAAAAAUUCCGGCCCAAAGUAAAAAUCCUAGUAAACCACAGGAAUACAAAAUAGUUAUUGUUAAUUUGCGGUAGUAUUUAGCGAUGCAUACGACAAGCCGGCACAUACAAGCAUUUUGCGGAAUUUAUGAAUCGGCACUGUAUACGUAUGUAUGUACUGAGUUCUUGAGUCUUGGAGCUUCCGUAGCCUGGGUGCCUGACUCCGUAUUAUCGCUAGCUACCAUGACAAUGUAGAGCCUAGAGCCAGGCCACAGCCUCUGGCACAUUAUUUCUACCACCCAUUAGAGGCACUAUAUAUAUAUCUGAACUAUGAACUAUUACUUUCUGAACUAUAAGGAGAGAAGUUUAAAGUGUUACUUGUAUGGUUCUAUGGUACAAGUAAAUACCAUUUGCUAUACACUACUGACAAUAAAUCAUGUAACAACUAGAAGUCAGAGAUCUCAGAGCUCCAUGAAAUAUCUAGAUUUUGUGUAAUGGUGACUGUGUCCUCAUUCAAUGAUGGU